GACUGCAGACGCACCAGAUCACCCCCGACCCGCAGCAGAUGAACAUCCUGAACGCCGUCGCCGACAGGUGCGUCCAGGAAGCCAGCGAGCAGGACCAGCCGCGCGGGUCGCCAUGCUCCCGGCUGUUCGUCCUCGGCUUACCCGGAUCAGGGAAGUCCGAAGUCAUCCAGUGGCUGUGCGACGAGAAAGUGGGGCUGUUUCCGGCGUGCAUGGGAUGGGAGCACGAGGUGCACUUCAUGAAGACCGCCCCAAUGAAUUCCAUGGCGAGCAACAUCGGUGGGCGGACCAUCCACAACUUCAGCAAGCUUGGAAUCGGUCUCAUCACGGGAGCCCAAUCUGGCGGGAAGAAGGAUCCAGAGCUGUCAGAGAACUUGCUGCACACGAAAAUCCAGCACAUGCGCUGGCUGAUCAUCGACGAGGUGGAAAACGUGUCGGUGGAGGUGCUGGACGCCGUGCACAGGCAGGUGAAGGACUCGACGAGGGACAAGGGAAACCCCUGGGCCGUGGACGCGCGCGUCCCCAAACAGUUCGCCAUGUUUAGAGGGCUCAACCUGGUGCUGCUCGGGGACCUGCGGCAGAUCCCACCCAUUAGGAGUCUCAGUAUUGCCGCCAAUCCAUUCGUCAAGCGGCCCGCCAACGUCGGCCGCAUACUGGAGAUGUUCUGGGCCGAGGGCAUGCCGCACUCGGCAACUCACCGCUACGCACUGAGCCAGUCGCACCGCUGCUCAGACCCGUGGCGGAGGAGCUUCCUCGCAGAAGCGCGCGCGGGGGAUCUGUCGGACAGGAUGUACGAUUUCGUUCACGGGUUCCCCACUGAUGUGCCCGGCUCCUGGAUGCCCGCAAGCCCCGGCAGCGCCGAGGCCCGGACGGGGCACCUCGGCUGCGGGAAGGUGAAGUGCCGCGCGCUCUUGUCAGUUGAGUGGCCACGGAUGUUCGGAGAGGGUCGGCCUUGGGGCGACAUGCGAGCUCUGGAGAGCGCAGAUUGCAGCGCGGAGCGCCGUCGGCGCUGCCGCGUCGCCUCUCAGAGCGAUGCCAGACAGCGGGAGGUGACCACGGCGUUCGCGGACGCGCUGUUCGUGCACCCGUACAACGCCCCGAAGAGCAGGAUUUUGACACUGCGAGCGGCGAAUGCGGCAGCCAAUGCUGGGAAGCAGCUCCUCUGGGUGGUGGCGCGCGACGCCCCCCUCACUCGGGACGACGCAUGCAGGUCGAAGGAGUCGCUCGCGAACGCCAGGCAGAACUGGCUCAUGUACCCAGAGAACAAGACUGGCGGAGUUCCUGGUGUGCUUCCGAUCUUCCACGGGACGCGCGCUCGCUUCACCGCGACGGAGAACGCGGAGGCGGGAGCUUGCAAGCACUCCUGGGGGACCGUGACGGGCUGGGUCCUCCACCCCGACGACGCGAAGUUGGUGAGCGAGCACAGGUCCGAGCCAGAGCUGGUGCUGCAGCACGUGCCCGACGCGAUCAUGGUGAAAAUCCCUGGGAGCACGGCGCGCCCUUUUGGCAAUCAGCCGGCGGGUGUCUUCCCCGUGAAACAGAAGGAGGUGUCAUGGGAUCGCAGCCCCGGUGUCAAGGCCAUGGUGAAGCGCGCGGGAUUCCCGCUUGUCCCGCACUUCGCCGCAACGGCCCACUGCGUCACCGGCGCCGGCGCCACGCUGCCGCAGGCCAUCAUCGACCUCCUGGACGCGCGCACGACGCCCCGUGCGCCCAUGGUGCCCACGGGCUACGUGGCCAUCAGCCGCACUAGGAGGGCUGACGACCUGAUCAUCACCCAGCCUUUUUCCCCCAUGCUGUUCCGCCAGGGGCAUCAGACGGGCCCAUGGCUCCUGCACUCCCUCACAGCAGGGGAGAUGACGACGGAACAGACGCGAGCUGGCUGGGCCAAGGCAGAGAAGGAAGCCGAUUCCAAGUCGUCGAAGAAGUUGGUGGACGCCACGUUCCAGUGCGCCGACUGCCACCAGCGAAAAAGACCGGGCAACUUCCCGGGGAGUGGCAUGAGGGCGAGCGACCCCGUGGAGCACGCCGUGGCGGUGCUGAGCCAGGGCGCGCGGAGGAGGUGCGCCCUCUGCGCGCAGAAGAAGGCCGGAAAGGACGUGCAGAGGCCAGCCCCUCUGCCCAGCCAGCUCCGUUGCUUUGAAUGCGGCAAAGCCAGGCGCGUCUCGGAGUACGACAAGAAGAUGUUGGAGCAGUUGCGCUCAAAUGACGCCCUCGAGAGAGCGGUAUGCCUGGCGUGUCGCCCCGCGCAACUGCACCGGCCACCGUCGAAGAUAGGCGCGUUGCACACGUGCUACCAGUGCGGGGGCCUGAAUGGCAUGGAGCACUUUGACCUGGGCCGGCUGAAUAUGCAUGGGGGGCCCGAGUGCGUUGUGCGCAAGGAGUGCUUCGACCUGCGCACGCGUCCUCCUUGCGGGAAGUGCGGGGCGAGGCCAGAGAGGAAUCUGCAUUACAGUCAGAGUAAUUACCAGUGUGAGGCCUGUAGAUUCCCGAACUGCGACGUCUGCAAGGUAGCCCCGCGGCCGCGAAGCACGAAGUACCUGGCGGCGAACAGGCCGUCGUGGACGUGCCCGGCGUGCCCGCGGGUCGGUCAGUGCGUGGUCUGUGGCGCCCCGUCACCAGACGCGGCCAAAACUGGUCGGCGUUCUGUGAACUGGGAAGGGCCGAGGUACACGUGCGACGCGUGCCUCUGGCCGCCAUGCAGCGCGUGCAAGAAAACGCCGCGGCCGCGCGACCGCUGGUGGACAGUUCGCGCUGCCCCGGACUGGAAGUGCACAGAUUGCGCGAAGACGCGCGAGCGAGGGAAGAGGUGCGCGUAG